UCACGUGACGCUUUCAUCCCUGUCAGCUGAUGUUUUACGGAACUUUAAUGUAGUGCUGCAAGUCCCACUAUUAUUGCUAAAGUUAUUAGUUGAGUCUAGUUUUGUUUGAACACGAUCCAUAGUUAAUCUAUACACUUUCCUCCUGUAAAUUCCUCUUCAAAUUAGAGCCAGUGCCUUAAAAACAUCAACCAUGGCGCUCAGCGAUGCCGACGUGAAGAAACAGAUCAAACACAUGAUGGCCUUUAUUGAGCAGGAGGCCAGUGAGAAGGCAGAGGAAAUUGAUGCAAAGGCAGAAGAAGAGUUUAAUAUUGAAAAGGGCCGACUGGUACAGACUCAAAGGUUGAAAAUAAUGGAAUACUAUGAGAAGAAAGAGAAACAGAUUGAACAACAAAAGAAAAUCCAAAUGUCUAAUUUGAUGAACCAGGCACGACUGAAGGUCCUCAAAGCCCGUGAUGACAUGAUUAUGGAUCUCCUAAACGAUGCAAGAAAACGGUUGAGCAACAUUGCUAAAGACUCAAAUCAAUACCCAACACUGCUGGAAGGCCUGAUUUUACAGGGAUUUUAUCAAUUGCUGGAGCCCAAAGUCACAAUACGCUGCAGAAAGGAAGAUGUAGCAAUGGUGCAGGCUGCUGUCCAGAAAAACAUCCCCAUUUAUAAAGAGGCUGUAAAGUGUAAUAUUGAAGUGCGCAUUGAUGAAAAAAACUACCUGUCCCCUGAUAUUUCUGGAGGUGUUGAGGUCUAUAAUGCUGAUGGCAAAAUCAAGGUGUCCAACACACUGGAAAGUAGACUAGACCUUAUGGCACAUCAGAUGAUGCCUGAGAUCAGAGUGGCUCUGUUUGGUGUUAACCAAAACCGCAAGUUUAUGGACUAAUGGACUGUGUUGUUACCAAGAUGUUCAGCAGCAUUUGAGAGAACAGUGAAAUUCAGAUGAGCAAUGAGCUGGUUUCCUUUUUUUUUUUUUUUUUUUUUUUUUUAAAAGGCCACUUUGUGGAUUUUUUUGAAGUGGAAAACUGUUUCUGGCAUUUCUGGAAAUUCAGUUGUCAUUUAAUUUUUGUGUUUUUUUUUUUUUAAGCCCAAAGAAGGGCUUAUUAUGUGUACUCAUGUCUCUCCUUUGAGUUUUUUUUUUAAAUUUUUUUUUUAUGCUUAUUGUUCAAAGAUUGAUCUAUUCUUAUACAAGGAAACAAAACCCUGACAUCUUAUCUGUCUGUACAAAGACCAAAAAUAAGUCAGGAAUUUACAUUGUCUCUUACUGCCUUUUCUGAUUAACACUUUUUAUUGAUUCACACAAUUGACAAAGAAAAGCAAAACAUAUAUUCACUCUUAUUGCCUUUUGAAUGUUGUUAGCGAAGCUAGCAGCCAAACUGUUUUUCCUAAGGAAAUCCUCAUUCAGUGUCUUAAAUAUAGGGAUUGUUUUAGAUUAAGAAAUAUAAUUUAAAAAUGCUGCCCUCUUGUGGAAUUUCAGUAUUUGAGAUGCAAAUCUGAAUCAAUUGUGGUGCGCAAACAAAUGUUUUGCAUAAUCAAUUUACUCCAGACCGUGUUUCUUUUAGGAAACUUUAAAAUACAAUAGCUUUUCAAAGAACAGAUUUGUUACACAGAAGCCUAUAUUUGUAGUGUGUGAAUUGCAUAUUUGAAAUGUAAAGAUUUGUUGCUUUCCACAAUUACUGAGUAUAGUAUUUGAAUAAGAAGCUCAGUAAACCUGAGAACAACAAAGAAGGAAGCAAAUGCUGUAAUGAAUAUUUCCCAGUAUAAUUAAAAUGCUGUAAACAAUGUUAGCUGUUGUGCUAACUCCCAGCAGACAUAAAGGCUAUGUUUGGUAUAGCAAACUGA